AUAAUAUAUAUUUUCUCUUUCAUGUUACAUCACACCGAGAAAAAAACACAAUGGUUCUCAACCCCCAUUGAAAAAGGAAAUUAAUUAUUUAUCUUUAGCACAAAAAUGUUAGGCAGUGUUGCUAGCUUGAGUUAUUAUGGUUAUGGAGGACCUAAAUGUUUCAAUGUUACAAUGUCCAAAUUUCAUGAUAACACCGUUGGGGUGAUGAUGGGUUGUUGUUGGAGAGGAAGAAAACACGGUGGAGUUGGCAACAAGGGCAAAAUGGUAAAUUUUGGUGUGAAAUGUAGUAGUAAUAGUAAUGGAAUUGGUAUAGAGGACUUCAUAGGAGGGGACUUGUUGAAGCUUGAUCUUGGAAAGUGGCUUUCAGAUGUUGAAGAACACAAAGCACUUGCAAUUUACUCUCCUCAUGAAGGUGGUUAUGAAGGCCGGUACUUGUCCCGGCUCCGGCGACAAGGCUACUACUUUCUUGACCUCUCGGCUCGCGGCCUUGGCGACCCUGAAACCACCCUCACCAAGGUUUACCCGGUUUGUCCGCCUCAUAUUGGGAAGCAACCAAUAGCAAGAUGGUAUUUCCCACCAGAAGUUGAUUACAGAUUACAAGCACUUCCACCAAAGGCCAAAGGACUAGUUGUGUGGAUAAUUGAAGCUAAGGUUCUCUCCAAGGCAGAAUUGCAGUUCCUUGCUCUGCUCCCAACUCUUCGCCCUAAUGUGAGAGUCAUUGCUGAAUGUGGAAACUGGAGAAAGUUUAUGUGGAAGCCACUUAAAGAAAUUGCUGGCUUAACAGCCUCUGAAGAUUGAUAUUGCUAAUCAUGAUUUUCCAACUUUUCAAGAUUCCAAUAUAUUAUUCAUAUCAAUUUGGCUUCAAGGUUGAAGAACUCAAGGCACUACACAAAAGGAUAUAGGGACAGUGAAGUUCCUUGUACAUAUAAUUAAAUCUUCCACAAUCAUUCUUAAUUAAUAAGGUUUAAUACAUGUUCUUCUAAACAUUAUGUAUUCAUUGAGUAUGCCCAUUUACUACGAACAUUUUUCAUGCAAUUAAGUAACGUGCACAUUUAUGAAUGAUAAAAGUAUAAAACAAAUUAUUUUGCAA